CGCUCUCAGAAGAGUCAGAGAGCCAUCAAAAGCGAGAAAAAGGCGAACAUGGCGCCCGCUUUCGCUAGGGUGAGCGCAACAGUGUAGCCGACAAGUCGGAAACUAAGUUUCCACGCACGCCUGGAGUGCAUUCACCGUGCUAUCCGAGUGAAGUGUCCGGUUACCGUAAGGGUUGGUAAAAGCAGCGAGUCGCCUGGAUGUCAGCGAUCUUUCCUCUGGCGACGUGAAAACUGCUGAAAGACCUGACCAUGACUGAGGACAAGGGUCCCCGAGUGACGGACUAUUUUGUGGUUGCCGGGCUCACUGAUAAGUCCACCCCACUUGACCAGGACCUGUCAGACACCAAGUCCAGCGGCCCCAAGGCUCCUAUCACGGACAUAGCCGUCAUUAGCCGGUCAACAGGCGAGACGGUGCCAGAGGGGUUCACGUGUAUCGAGGUGACCCCUGGUGGCCAGCCAGCCAACCUCAACCAUGGCAGUCUCAAGAGUCCAGAACUUUUCCUGUGUUACCGGAGGGGCCACGACAAGCCACCGCUCAUCGACAUUGGGGUGCUCUUUGAGGGCAAGGAGCAGCUCAUCCAGGGCUGUGAGGUCAUACAGGCCACACCUUAUGGCCGUUGCGCCAAUGUCAACAACAGCUCGGCCACCUCACAGCGCAUCUUCAUCACCUUCCGCCGCGCCGCUCCCGUUCGCCCGCAGAACUCUCUCGCAGUCACUGAAGUGUGCGUCAUCGUGGCCAGCAAGGGCGAGACCCCGCCCCACACCUUCUGCAAGGUGGACAAGAACCUCAACUGCGGCAUGUGGGGCUCCAGUGUUUUCCUUUGCUACAAGAAGUCUGUCUCCGCUUCCAACUCCAUCGCAUACAAAGCUGGCCUGAUCUUCAGGUAUCCUAAGGAGGACCACCAGUCCUUCCCUCUCUCUGAAUCUGUGCCCCUGUUCUGUCUGCCCAUGGGGGCACGCAUUGAAUGCUGGGCACCCAACAUUCGCAACCCGAAGCCCGUUUUCUCCACCUUCGUCUUGACCGUCUCCUCCGGUGAGAAGGUUUAUGGUGCAGCCGUCCAGUUCUACGAGCCGUACCCCAUCGAGCUGCUGGGCGACAAGCAGAAGGUGCAGCUGGGCCUGCUCACACCCAUCGACAAGCAGCCCAUCCCCAACCGCACCGUCAACACCAACAAGUGCAUCUGCCUGCUCUCCCACUGGCCUUUCUUCGAGGCCUUCCGCAAGUUCCUCACCUUCCUCUACAAGAUCACCAUGUCAGGGCCACACCCUCUGCCUAUUGAAAAACACAUCUCCCACUUCAUGCACAGCGUGUCCUUCCCGUCUCCACAGAGGCCUCGGAUCCUGGUGCAGCUCUCGGCCCAUGACACCCUUAUCCUGUCCCGGCCGGUCUGCACCCCGCUUCCGCUGAGUGGGGCGGAUUUCAGUGGCCUGCUGACCAACCUCGGGGCAGAGAACUGUGCCACGCUGCUCUACUUUGUCCUGAUGGAGAGCAAGAUCUUACUGCACUCGUUGCGGCCCGACGUCCUAACAGGGGUGGCUGAAGCUGUGGCGGCGAUGAUCUUUCCCUUCCAGUGGCAGUGCCCCUACAUCCCCUUGUGCCCCCUCUCCCUGGCAGGGUUCCUGAAUGCCCCCUGCCCCUUCAUCUAUGGGGUGGACUCCCGCUACUUUGAUCUGUACGACCCCCCCGCUGACGUUGUCUGCGUGGAUUUGGACACGAACAAAAUCUACCGGUCUGAAGAUAAGAAGCACUGCAACUGGAAGAAUUUACCAAAGAAACCCUGCAAGAGCCUACUAAGCUCCCUGAGUAACCUGCACCACCCGCUGGCCACAGUCAACAGGAACCUCAAAGAGGGCCUGGCUGUGGAGAUGACUCCCAUGGAGGUGGACUUUACCUGGCACAAGAAGAAGACCAGCCUGGAGAUGGAGGUGCAGGAAGCCUUUCUACGCUUCAUGGCCUCCAUCCUGAGGGGCUAUCGCUCUUACCUGAAGCCCAUCACCCAGGCCCCUUCAGAGAAGACCACCGCCAUAGAAUCCCUCUGCGACCUGCAAGGGUUUCUGAAAAGCAGAGACCGCACUCAACAGAAGUUCUACUCCCAGCUGACCAACACGCAGAUCUUCAUUCGCUUCAUAGAGGAGCGCACCUUUGUCAGUGACAAGGACACCGGCCUGGCGUUUUUCGACGACUGCAUUGAAAAGCUUUUCCCGUCCGAUAAAGGAUCUGAGAAGGGAGCGAAGGUGGACACAGAGUGCUGGGAAGAUACCCGACUCAUCGAGCUGGACGAGUCUCAGAAGAGCGAGCACACGGUGUUCGUCAUGCCCCCUGAAGCGCCCGCGGAGGGAACUUUUUACAGUUACAAGAACUUUCCUCACCUGCGGCAUGAGCUGUUCGACCGGCCAAAGGAACGACGGCCAGGACCGGCAACGAGGGUGACUGAGUCCAGCCUGUCCAACAGCCCCGCCCUGCUGGCCAAGAGGACCAAGCAGGAGAUCAAGUUGGCCUAUAAGACCGCCCGGCGGUACUGCUCGAAUCCGCCGCUGUGGGCACGGUGCCUCUACAGCCACUGCUACAGCCUGUGGUUCAUCUGCCUGCCCGCGGGGGUGCGUUCGGCGCAGUCCAAGUUGCACGCCAUGCAGCAAGCUCACAGGGUGCUGCUGCGCAUGCGGAAUGCCCGGGUCGAGGCCCUGGAUGAGGUAUGCUAUCGAGUGAUGAUGCAGCUCUGCGGGGUCUGGGGGCUGCCGGUGAUGGCCGUCCGCGUGCUGAUGGAAAUGAAGAAGGCGGGGGUGCACCCCAACGCCAUCACCUACGGCUACUACAACAAGGCCGUCCUGGAAAGCCCUUGGCCAAGCCGCAAUCAAAGCGGACACUUCAUGUGGACAAAAGUACGCAACGUGAUCCGGGCCGUGGCACAAUUCAAGCAGGCACACCACAGGGCAGCCCUUUCAGAGAAGACCCAUCCCAUUACCACAGAAAAGAAGACGAGCAGGUCUGUGGGCAGCUGUGAAGACCGAAUGAGCCGUGGCAGUGAGGACAGCUCCAGCGAUGCCAAUAGUGAGGAGCACACUCUCUUUGCUCGCAACCUGGUGGUGGGCGAUACCACGGACCACCACUGUCCCACAGGUGGUCAGUUGGACCAGGGCUACGGGUCGAAAAAUGAGCUCCGCCAAGAUCCACUUGACUGCCCAGACACAGCAGAUCCCUUAACUAGCAUGGAGCUGCCCAGCAAGGUCAAGCAACUAAACAAUGAAGACUCUGUGGGCUCGGUUGACAGUGCGGUGGUCUUAACUGAGCUCCCCAGCCCCACAGACCCACCUUCCCCAGGGCCCAGCAUUGUGAAGCAAUCUGUGGGGAGUUUUGAUGUGAUCGGUGGGCGAGACACUGCUGGUAGCUCUUCUGGCAAGUUGUUUACCUUGUCCCAGAGCAAGGAUGUAGCCUUAUCAGAGGAUGGUGUGACGGAGGAUGAGUCAUCCAAGGAGGCGAAAUUCCAGCAGCAGCCAUGGCAGAAGGCCUUCCCCGAGCAUAGCCACAGCUUCAGCACGGGCAUCCAGCUAAAGAAGGGCAGCCGAGAAAUGAACGUGGACCAGAUGGGCGUCAACCUGGGUGCCGAUGCCAAGAUCCUGGCAGCCGGGCUCUUGGGGAGCAAGACGCCACCUGCUGGCGGAUCCAACAAAGUUAGUGCUUCCGUUUUUACGGAAGAGGACCUUCCUGGUCCCCUGGACAAGCUGCUGGAAGAGGAAAAGGGAAUGGUCCCGGGAAUGGCAGGCUCAGAUAUUCCUCAAGGCCCGGUGGCAGAGACCAAGAAACUGAGAAAAAAUGUGACCAAGGAAUGGGAUACGAUGGGGAAGAUGGCCGCUAGCAGAGGAGCAGAGUGGGAGGAUGUUGAGGUGGGUGCAGACCCACUCUCCCUCUUGGCAUCUGCAAGUACUGAUAACGCUGCUGGCCAGAGUGAGAAGUCUCAAGCCAUUCCACUGUUGGUGUCCCGCAACCUCGCAGACGAGAUUGAGAUGUACAUGAACAUGAGCAGCUCACUAGGGUCUAAGUCCUCCAGCAUGGAGCUCCACAAAGGUGUGUCCAAGAAGACAGAGGUAGAUGCAAAGCACGGGAAGGCGCUGGAGAGAAGGUCCAGUUUACCCGUUGGUCCGGAGAAGCCACCCAGGGUGGCUGGACAGGCUCCGAAGCACACUCAGACAGUCACCCGGUCAAAGACGUUUGCUGUCCAGUCAAAGAGCUCCACAGUGGGCCAGAUCCAGAAACCUUCAUCAUUGGCAGCACUGGUUCGAUCACCUCAAAAUGGCUCAUUGGGCUUGGUUAUCAACUCCAUUUCUAGCAUCAAGGUAGACCACCUGCUCUCCGGGCCUAAGAUCGAUGUCUUCAAGUCUGGAAUGAAGCAGGCCGCCAAUGUGGCCAGCAAGGUGUGGGGAGCAGUGUCCUCCGUCUACGCUUACUCGGAUGAUGAGGAGGAGCAUGUAGCAGACAGGGACAGCUUCCCGGUGAGACUGGAGGAUCAGCUUCUGGAUGGAGGUGGAUAUGAUGGCAGUGCCCUUGGUGUCGUCAUGCCGGGCCUGGCCUCCAACGGGCUGACGCGGAGCUGCAGCAGCCUGGUCAGCAGCAGUAGCAGUGAUGCCGGGAAGGGUCCCGCUCCAGCCAACAUGACCACGGGAAGGUUCGAUAGGGGUCUGGAGGCUGAGCACAGCUCCUCUCUGUACGCCAGCUCCCCCAGCAUCUACCAGAACUGUGCCUUGGAGGUCCUGAUGUCGAGCUGCUCCCAGUGCCGCUCCUGUGAGGCUCUGGUCUACGACGAGGAGAUUAUGGCUGGCUGGAUGGCGGACGACUCCAACCUCAAUACCACCUGCCCUUUCUGCAAGAGUGCUUUCCUGCCCCUGCUCUACGCGGAGUUCCGUGACCUGCGGGGGGGCGGCUUCUUUAUGAACCCCGGUACUUCGGGUGAGAGUAUCCAUAGCAACACUGCACCGGUGCCACCAGCAGCGGCACAGAAGAGUGGAUCCACGGAUCUGAUGGCCGAGUCUCCUGCAGAAGGUCCCGGAAAGACCACGGAGUCUCAGGAAAACAAGCAAAAGAGUUCGGUGCUGGAACCGGUGCAGUCUGACCCGCUGGGGCUGAUGGAGCGGCGGGCUGUGAGACAUACCGGCGCGCUGACCCGCAGUAACAGUGUGGGUGGGCCUCUGCGGAGCCUGGAACUCGCCCAGCGUCCUUCCCAUGGCGCCUCCACCUCCAGCCUGCCCAGCAGCCUCCAGGAGGCCUCGGAUUCCUUGGGGCAAAAGAGGCCCAAUCCACAGCCCGUGUCGGUGCCCUACCUCAGUCCUCUGGUGCUGCGCAAGGAGCUGGAGUCCCUGCUGGAGAAUGAAGGGGACCAGGUCAUCUACACCCACACCUUCCUAAGUCAGCACCCCAUCAUCUUCUGGAACCUGGUGUGGUACUUCCAUCGGCUGGACCUCCCCAGCUACCUUCCAGGACUCAUCCUAACCUCAGAGCACUGCAACAACGGGGUGCAACUCCCGUUGACCUCCCUGUCCCAAGAUAGCAAGCAGGUGUACGUUCAGCUGCUUUGGGACAAUGUUAACCUGCACCAGGAACCCGCCGAACCCCUCUACCAGCGCUGGCGGAGCCUCUUGGAGAAGAAAGGCCUCCAGGCUCUCAGUGAACAGCAGGAGACCAGGGCGCUGCUGAACAGCAUUGUCCGGAGUAUCCAGACAAAUGAUGUAUAUGGACCAAUCAACCUUCUCCUGCGGGAGAUCAAGAGGUGUCCCAAUAUCAAACGGCAACGGAGUAUCUACAGGGAGAUCCUUUUCUUAUCACUAGUAGCUCUGGGCAGAGAGAACAUUGAUAUUGAGGCCUUUGACCGUGAGUACCAGCAAGCCUUUGAAGAGCUGAGUCCAGAGCAGCUGAAGGCUCUGUCACGCAUUGACCACCCGCCCCACAGCAGCAUACAGUGGUGCCUCAAGUGGUUCGGAGCCCCUGUCAUCUGAUCUGAAGACCCUGUCAAAGAAACUGUGAAUCUCUGAUCCAGCGACUUUUAUGUCGAGGGUGCAGACCCCAGAUGCCCCGAGAUUUGUGGGUAAAAGUUCACCCUCGAGUUUUGAACUUUGACGGCAAAGAAUAGAUUUGUAUAAUCAAAAAAUUGGUUUUUUAAUCACAUUGAAAGAACCGCAUUUGUUUAACUUCAUCUCCAUGCAAAAUGCUGGUGGCCCAUUUCCUGUCCAACUGUCGUGUUUAUAUUUUUUAUUUUCAUCUAUGAUGUUCCGUCAUUGGUCGGACCUUUAUGGACCUCCCCAAUCAAUGACUGAGGUUGCAUUCUGAAACUUGAAAGAGAAAAUGGCCGACCAGUGAAAGCUCCCAGAGGACUGUGAACUACUUAGAGGAAAUCUCAUUUCUACCCCAGAUACCAAGCAGAGAAAAUCAAACUAUGUACAUAGAUGUACUGUUAGAAAGGCUGCUUUUUAGAGCUGUUUUGUUUUUCUGAAUGGAAAUUUGAACUAGGUUUGCCUGAGCAAGGCCUUAUUCUGUUCCUUACACUGAGCAUUUUUUUUGCAUUUUGCAGUCUUAAAUGUUGUAAAUGAUUUAGGCUGCAGGUAAAUAUGAUGGUGGUCAUACAGCAACCAAUAAGCUAUGGCCCACAUGUUGUAGACAAUCGAGACUUUCAUCGCCAGACAUUCCAGGCCCCUGGCUCUGCGUCCUGUAUUAAAAGGAAAAGCAUCUAUGAAAUGCUGUAAGGGGGUAAACUCAAGCAUGUGUGUUGAUAUUUUUUUACUCAUCUGUACCGACUUAAACCCGAUUUACCAUUUUCCUCAUUCAGGGUGUUUUGUAAUCUUUUUUUCAUGCAUGUGGGGCAGGUGGAGGAUUCACAUCAUAAAUCCAUGAAUCCAAGACUAAUUGAACAUAGAAGGCAACAUCAAGCCAGCCUGUGAAAUCCUGCAAAUGGACACCAUGGAUCCUUUAAGGGUUGGAUCCUUGCACUAUUUUUCCAGACAGUCUGACUUACGGGCCGCAGUGACGGCAGACACGUACAAACAUACCUCAGAAGGUGCUUGAAAAUAUACCUUAAUUCUCAUCCUGUCUCUGGGCAGCUUUGCACGUUGUCGUCUAAGACGUUUGUAAAGAUGGGAGCACCUGGACUGAUAGUACCAGGGUAACCCAUCCAUCCAAGGCUGAAGGAAAAUGCACAUCUACUGUCUUUUCCACAGCCUGAAUGCUUCUCCUAGGCAUACAGCUGUGUGUGUCUGAUUACCAGUUUCCAUGUCACGAUACUGGGAACAGUUAGUUGACCCUUAGGAGACUUAAAAUGCUUCCUUUAUAAGGUUUUCUAGGUUAUGCUUUGUGAAAGCUAAACAAUAUGGAGUCUUCCUACUCAGACACGCUAGUUACUACUAUUAAUAAUGUAACUUGUCUCCAUUGUAUCAAGUCGGCUAAUUCACACCUGCAAGUUUAUAUUAGGGUAUUGUCUAUGAAUGAUUUAUAAUCCAUAGUGAUGUUGUUCAUUAUUUAAGACAUUUAGAGAAAAACAUUGUACAGCCUCUUGUACAAAUGCAUGGAAAUAAACCUUGUACACGUCUGUAAAAUGAGACUACUUUUCUACAAGUUACUGGAAGGCUUAAAAUAAUUCAAUAAAACGCUAUGCCUUUCUA